AUAUUUGGGACAUUAUUAAAGACACUAAGCCUAACAAAUAUACCUUGGCGAAAGAAAGACUUUUAAAUACGUUUAAGGAAAGCGAAAACAAGAGAAUUCAGCGCUUAGUUACAGGAUUAGAACUUGGAGAUUACAAGCCAAGCCAACUUUUGCAAAAAAUGAAAAAUUUAGGAGCAGACGAUUUUUCAGAAAAAGUGUUAAAAUCUUUAUGGCUUGAUAAAAUGCCGAAUUUUAUACGAAAUAUUCUGCUUGUCAGUGAAGAAAGUUUAGAUAAACUGUCUACGAUGGCGGAUAAAAUUCACGAAAUGAAAACUGGGGAAGAAAUAUGUGCUGUUUCACCAAAUGUUACCAACAAUGAUGCUUUAAUUGCACGAAUAGCAGCAUUAGAACAGAAAAUUGAUUCACUGCAAAUAAAUGACCGUAGUAGAUCUAAAUUUAGAAAUAAUUACCGAAAUACAUCUCGAAGUCGCAGUCAUUCAAUAAAAGCAUUCAAUAGGAAAGGUAAAUAUUGUUACUAUCAUUUUAAAUUUGGUAAUCGUUGCCGACCUGAGAAAUGUUAUUCACCAUGUGCUUGGCGAGAAAAGUCGGAAAACUCCAUGAUGCAACAGGAUUAGCGGCUACAACUGUUGCUGAUGUUAAUGAAAGCCGCAAGUUCAGAUUAUUUGUAAAGGAU